CGCGCCGCUCGCAGUUUGAAGGGCGCUGCGCCGCUCGCUCCGCUCCUCUCCGCUCCGCUCCUCGCGCGCCAGGCCGGGCGCCGCGGCGGGUCGGGCUGCGCGCGUGGCGUUCAUGAGCCGCCCGGCGGCCCCGGGAGCCUGCGCCGUGACUCACCCCCGCCCCCGCUUGUGUCUCGUCCCUCCCGCGGCAGGAUGCCGGACCAGAUCUCCGUGUCCGAGUUCAUCGCCGAGACCACCGAGGACUACAACUCGCCCACCACGUCCAGCUUCACCACGCGGCUGCACAACUGCAGGAACACCGUCACGCUGCUGGAGGAGGCUCUAGACCAAGAUAGAACAGCCCUACAGAAAGUGAAGAAAUCUGUAAAAGCAAUAUAUAACUCCGGUCAAGAUCAUGUACAAAAUGAAGAAAACUAUGCACAAGUUCUGGAUAAGUUUGGAAGUAAUUUUUUAAGCAGAGACAACCCUGACCUUGGCACUGCUUUUGUCAAGUUUUCUACACUUACAAAGGAACUGUCCACACUGCUGAAAAAUCUGCUCCAGGGUCUGAGCCACAAUGUGAUCUUCACCUUGGAUUCCUUGUUAAAAGGAGACCUGAAGGGGGUUAAAGGAGAUCUCAAGAAGCCAUUUGACAAAGCCUGGAAAGAUUAUGAGACGAAGUUUACAAAAAUUGAGAAGGAGAAAAGAGAGCACGCAAAACAGCACGGGAUGAUCCGAACAGAGAUAACAGGCGCUGAGAUUGCAGAAGAAAUGGAAAAGGAACGGCGGCUUUUUCAGCUCCAGAUGUGUGAAUAUCUCAUUAAAGUUAAUGAAAUCAAGACCAAAAAGGGUGUGGACCUGCUGCAGAACCUUAUAAAGUAUUAUCAUGCACAGUGCAAUUUCUUUCAGGAUGGCUUGAAAACGGCUGAUAAACUGAAACAGUACAUUGAAAAGCUGGCUGCUGAUUUAUAUAAUAUAAAGCAAACCCAAGAUGAAGAAAAGAAACAGCUAACUGCACUCCGAGACCUAAUAAAAUCCUCUCUGCAGCUUGAUCCGAAAGAAGUAGGUGGUUUAUAUGUUCCCAGCAGGGCUAACAGUUCUAGAAGAGACUCUCAGAGCCGGCAAGGUGGGUACAGCAUGCAUCAGCUCCAGGGCAACAAGGAGUAUGGCAGUGAAAAGAAAGGCUUCCUGCUGAAGAAGAGUGAUGGGAUCCGGAAAGUGUGGCAAAGAAGGAAGUGUGCUGUCAAGAAUGGGAUCCUGACUAUUUCACAUGCAACAUCCAACAGGCAGCCUGCUAAGUUAAACCUCCUCACCUGCCAGGUGAAACCAAAUGCUGAGGACAAGAAGUCUUUUGACCUGAUAUCACAUAAUCGAACAUACCACUUUCAGGCAGAAGACGAGCAGGAUUAUGUAGCGUGGAUAUCAGUACUGACGAAUAGCAAAGAAGAGGCCCUAACCAUGGCCUUCCGUGGUGAGCAGAGCACGGGGGAGAACAGCCUGGAGGAUCUAACCAAAGCCAUCAUCGAGGAUGUACAGCGGCUCCCUGGGAAUGACAUCUGCUGUGACUGUGGCUCCUCAGAACCCACAUGGCUUUCAACCAACUUGGGUAUUUUGACGUGUAUAGAAUGUUCUGGAAUCCAUAGGGAAAUGGGGGUUCAUAUUUCUCGCAUUCAGUCUUUGGAACUGGACAAAUUAGGAACUUCCGAACUCUUGCUGGCCAAGAAUGUAGGAAACAAUAGUUUUAAUGAUAUUAUGGAAGCAAAUUUACCCAGCCCUUCACCAAAGCCCACUCCUUCAAGUGAUAUGACUGUACGGAAAGAGUACAUCACUGCAAAGUAUGUCGACCACCGCUUCUCCAGGAAGACCUGUGCCUCUUCCUCAGCAAAGCUGAACGAAUUGCUUGAGGCCAUCAAGUCCCGGGACUUACUUGCACUAAUCCAAGUCUAUGCAGAGGGAGUGGAGUUAAUGGAGCCACUGCUAGAACCCGGGCAGGAGCUCGGGGAGACAGCCCUUCACCUUGCCGUCAGGACCGCAGACCAGACAUCUCUCCAUCUGGUUGAUUUCCUUGUCCAAAACUGUGGGAACCUGGAUAAGCAGACAUCUGCGGGGAAUACAGUCCUGCACUAUUGCAGCAUGUACGGCAAGCCGGAGUGUCUGAAGCUGCUGCUUAGGAGCAAGCCCACCGUGGACAUUGUUAACCAAAACGGAGAAACUGCCUUGGAUAUAGCAAAGAGACUCAAAGCUACCCAGUGUGAAGAUCUGCUUUUCCAGGCUAAAUCUGGAAAGUUCAACCCGCAUGUCCAUGUAGAGUACGAGUGGAAUCUUCGACAGGACGAGAUGGAUGAGAGCGAUGACGAUCUGGACGACAAACCAAGCCCAAUCAAAAAGGAGCGCUCACCCAGACCACAGAGCUUCUGCCACUCCUCCAGCAUCUCGCCACAGGACAAGCUGGCACUGCCAGGGUUCAGCACUCCACGGGACAAGCAGCGGCUCUCCUAUGGAGCCUUCACCAAUCAGAUCUUCGUCUCUACGAGCACAGACUUGCCCACAUCACCCACCAGUGAGGCUCCCCCUUUGCCACCUAGGAAUGCCGGGAAAGGUCCACCUGGCCCACCUUCAACACUCCCUCUAGGCACCCAGACCUCUAGUGGCAGCUCCACCCUAUCCAAGAAGAGGCCUCCUCCCCCACCACCAGGACACAAGAGAACCCUGUCUGACCCUCCCAGCCCACUACCUCAUGGGCCCCCAAACAAAGGCGCAAUUCCUUGGGGUAAUGAUGUGGGCCCAUCAUCUUCAAGUAAGACGGCAAACAAGUUUGAGGGGCUGUCUCAGCAAGCAAGCACCAGUUCUGCUAAGACUGCCCUUGGCCCGAGAGUGCUUCCUAAACUACCUCAGAAAGUGGCACUAAGGAAGACAGAGACCAGCCAUCAUCUUUCCCUCGACAGAGCCAACAUACCACCUGAGACUUUUCAGAAAUCAUCACAGUUGACAGAGUUACCCCAAAAGCCACCACUCGGAGAGCUGCCCCCGAAGCCUAUGGAACUGGCCCCCAAGCCCCAAGUUGGAGAGUUGCCACCUAAGCCUGGAGAGCUGCCCCCUAAGCCCCAACUGGGUGACCUGCCCCCCAAGCCACAGCUCUCAGACUUACCUCCCAAGCCACAGAUGAAGGACCUUCCCCCCAAGCCACAGCUGGGGGACCUGCUGGCAAAGUCUCAGGCUGGUGAUGUCUCAGCCAAGGUGCAGCCACCCUCAGAGGUCACACAGAGGUCACAUACCGGGGAUCUGUCUCCGAAUGUGCAGUCCAGAGAUGCUAUCCAGAAGCAAGCAUCUGAGGACUCCAACGACCUCACACCCACGCUGCCAGAGACACCCGUACCACUGCCGAGAAAAAUCAAUACGGGGAAAAACAAAGUGAGGCGAGUGAAGACCAUUUAUGACUGCCAGGCAGACAAUGACGAUGAGCUCACAUUUAUUGAGGGGGAAGUGAUCAUUGUCACUGGAGAAGAGGACCAGGAGUGGUGGAUUGGGCAUAUCGAAGGACAGCCUGAAAGGAAGGGUGUCUUUCCAGUGUCCUUUGUUCACAUCCUGUCUGACUAGCAAAAAGCAGAACCUUCUGUCCGUCCACACCCUUCAUGCCAGACCGCUGCCUCCAUGUAAUCCUGUGUACAACAUGUAUAUAGCUGCUGUUACAGACCAAGAACUCAUGGAAGGGCCACUCAGGAGGGGAAUAUAGUAUGUAUUGUAAAUAUCCUGUGGUCUUCUGCCUUCACCAGUAUUAGGGUAACCUCGGGACCUGGUGCGCCUUACUGGUUUGCCAAAGCCAUCCUUGGCAUCUAGCACUUACAUAUCUCUGUGCUGUUUUCUGAGCAAACAAAAAGCAGGAGUAUAGGAACUGCUAGCUUUCCAGGUGAAGAGUCUGCAGCAGCUGUCGAAGGGUGCAGUGCUGACUCCUAGCAAUGCAGUAUUCUCAGUGGCGUUACUGAACAUGCAACAUUAGCAGAGGUGGCUUCUGCGCUCUGGGUGGAACGUUAAGUUAGCCCCUGGCUGGCCAGCCUGUAGUUAUCUGUGUACACAGUUUACAGCUACAAAACCUACUUUGGUAUUUAUUACAGAAAAGUGUUCAGUUAAUUGUGUUAUUCCUUCAGCAAAUACUCACUGACACAAAAUCCUCUGCAGCAUUUUCCAGCACAUGCAGCCUCGUGCAAGUUUAGAUGAGUGGAUUUGUACAUCUAUGGCAAGUGGCCACCCCUGAGAUAUUACCUCAUUAUGCAGAAGUAACAUAUCCUUCAUGACUAUUUUGACAAAAGCUUAAAACCACAUCUGAUGAAGUCCACUUUGAGGAACCAAGGACUGCCAGAAACUAUUUGCCUCUACGUUAUGCAUGCAUCUAGACGCUUACCCGAAUUCUGCCUUUUAUAAAGGAACAAACAGUAUGAAGAAGUGAACUGUACAUUUUUAAACUUGAUUGCCAUUAAAACAGAAGUUACAAGAUUGCAACAA